GGUCGUGAUUACCUUCGUUACGACAAGUCGUAAAUUGAUUUGUGUGUCGAGGCCAAGAUGGUGAAAUUCGGGCUCCAGUUCAAAGCGACUUUGGAAAAUAUCAGCAACGUGCGGCCGGAGGGAGAGGAUUUCCGCUGGUACCUGAAGUUGAAAUGUCAGAAUUGUGGAGAGGUGUCUGAUAAAUGGCAGUAUAUUACGUUAAUGAACAGUGCCCCACUCAAAGGUGGGAGAGGAAGUGCCAGUAUGAUACAGAAGUGCAAGCUGUGUUCAAGAGAGAAUUCCAUUGAUAUUCUGAAGGACACAAUGAAGCCUUACAAUGCUGAUGACAGUGAAAAGUUUAAAACUAUAGUACACUUUGAGUGUCGAGGAUUAGAACCAGUGGACUUUCAACCACAAGCUGGAUUUGCUGCAGAAGGGGCAGAGUCUGGAACAAAAUUUUGUGAGAUUAAUCUGCUGGAAAAGGAUUGGAAUGAUUAUGAUGAAAAAAUUCAGGAAUCUGUGGGAAUCUAUGAAGUCACUCAUCAGUUUGUUAAAAUCUGAACUGGACUCUGACAGACAUUUAACAGCUAAGGAUUCUUUCACUCAAAUGAACUGAGGCAGAGAAGUAAAAACACCACAAUUUCAUCUGGCAUAUACUUACUAGUGAAUCAGUUCAUCCUCGUCUAUCAAGUCAAAGUUUAAGUAUGUUUAAUAAAAAUUAACACCUGGCCAGCUGAAUUAGCAUUGAUGUAGGUUUUGUCAUUCCUGUUCACCUAUGGAAGAUAACUUUUGUUUCACAUGUCUGAGCAUGCUUCUAGCUCCUUAGCUGUGAGGUUACCAGCAGCAUGCCUGGAUAUCAAGUUACAAAGCAUUUUUCCAGGAGCUAACACUUGGUUGCUGAAAGAUUUAUUUGUUAAGUUAAAUUAGAUAAUGUACUUUUAUUUCUGUUUUUUUGUUCAUCCAUGAGCCAAUCAUGUAGAUCUGGGCAUUAUCCAGGCUUGUGCUGAUAUGGAGCAAGUAUCAUUCAUGCCACACAAUGACCAUCUCCAAUUAGAGCAAUCUAACCACUGCUCCUUGACAUUCACUGGUGUUACCAUCAUUGAAACCUACACUGUCAACCUCCUUGGGGUGAUCAUUGACCAUAAACUGCCUCAUAAACACAGUGGCUACAAAAGGCUGGGAAUACUGUGUGAGUAACUUACCUCCUGACUCCCCAAAGCCUGUCAACAAGAGACAAGUCAGAAGUGUGAUGGAAUACUUUCCACUUGCCUGAAUGGGUACAGCUCCAACAACAUUCAAGAACCUUGACGCCAUUCAGGACAAAGCAGCCUGUUUGACUGGCAUCACGUUCACUCCCUCCACCACUGACUCUCAGUAGUAGAUGUAAAUCUACAAAAUGCACUGUAGGGAUUCACCGAAGAUCCUUAAACAGCACCUUCCAAACUCACCAUCACUUCCAGUUAGAAGGACAAGGGUAGAGGAUACCUGGGAAUAUCAUCUGCAAGAUCCCCUCGAAGCUACCCACCAUCCUGAGUUGGAAAUAUAUCCAUGUUCCUUCAGUGCUGUUGUCAAAAUUCUGCAUUUUCCUCCCUAAAACCAUUGUGGACCAACCUACAACACAUGGAUUGCAGCAGUUCAAGAAAGCAGCUUGCCUCCCCACCUUCUCAAAGGCAACAAAUACUAGCCUCCCAGUGACACCUACAUUUCAGAAAUGUAGGAGAAGAUGCACAUUAGCCAAUCAAGCUGAGGACAGUAAGGGAACAGUUGGUGCACUCCCACUGGAACAUAGACACGUUGUCUGAGAUGACUGAUGAUGAUUUAACCCGAUGGUCACCAGGCCUCCAGUGAGGGAAGAGGUUAAGAUGGAAAGUCCUUCUGGAAGCCUCAGUUGGUGCUGGAACUGAACCCACACUGUUGGCAUUACUCUACAUUGCAAACCAACUGUCCAGCCAACUGAGCUAACCCAAAAUUAUAUGAAGAUAAGAUAAGUUGGCCAAUCACAGAUGGUAUGGUCUGUGUUAAUUUUUAAUCAUUUCUUCACAGGAUGUGUACAUCAUUGGUCAAAGCUGAUUUAAUGGCACCUGUGUUAUUGCUGUCGAUUGUUGUAAAACCCCAUCUGAUUCACUAAUGCCCUUUAAGAAAGGAAAUCUGCCAUCCUUACCUGUAGUCUCCAUAUGAUUCCAGACGCAAAACAUAUGGUUGAUUCUUAACUGCCCAGUGGGCAGUUAGGGAUGGGUAAUAAACAUUAGCAGAGCAAA